AUGGAUCGCGCUGCAGCAAAUGGACACCUCAAUGUUGUCAAAUUUCUGCAUGAACACCGCAAGGAGGGUUGCUCAAAGGACGCUACGAACGAAGCGGCCGCGGGUAACCACUUGGAAAUUCUGAAGUACCUGUGCUCGACGGUUGGGGCUAAAUGCUCAAGCGUAUCUGUGAAGGCGGCAGCUGUGAACGGCCACCUUGAUACCGUGAAGUGGCUGGUUGAAGAGCCGAGCACUCGUGUGAGCUGCACCAUCAAGGUCAUGAAGGCCGCCAUGAAAGCGGGACAGUGCGAUGUCGUGAAGUGGCUCUACUUUCACGUUGGACUCCCGCUCUAUGCUGGGUCGCUGGUACCGUGGAUCGAGGCGCUGUGCGGCAGCCUGAGCUUCCGGGAGCUCCAGAUCCCGUGCCUACACGCCGACUUCAAGUGCUGGCCCUUCCAAUGGAUCGGCGAGUGGGACGAAAACGAGGAACCCGCGGCCAUCGGGUCGAUUUUCCUGGUCUUCUCCGCGGACCCCACCAAUCGGGAAAAUAAUCGAGAGCGGCUGCAACGCGUGCGGGAGGCGAUCGAGAUCCUCAACAUGCUGGCGAUGGUGAACAAUAGGGCAUUCAUCCAGAUCGCGUCGAGGUUCAUGACUGUGGAGGAGGAGAACGACGAUAAUAAUGGCGCACCUCGGCUGGUGUGCCCUAUGUGGAAGUGUCGACUCGUCGGGGGUAUUCCAGUUGAGAGCCCCCUUGCCACCCAGUCGUCGGUCUCGUGGGCCGAGUUGCUGGGCUUUCCUGAUGACCCGUGGGAGUAUUCGGCCGAGUUUCGGGAAAUGAUGGGCAACUUGGCGGCUAUGAGUGGCAAAAGUGGCGACUGGUGGAACUCGUACACUGUUGUGGAGUGGCGGACGGGGCCCAAUGCUAUGCCCAUAAGGGGCAUCCAGAGAAAUCCGUGGGGUGAUAGCGAGCCAACUUCCACCCCCGAGAUGUUCGCUCGAGAAUUAGGCAAACGAAUGGACUUCUUCGUGCCACCUGCAGUGCAUGCGAGCAUUGCGUGCAGUAUUGCCCCGCUGUUAGACGCCUGGAAGGACCGGGAGCCUGCUGUGCCAUUACAUGCGCUGGAAAAUCGGCUUUCGACACUGAAGUCGGAUUUUUCGGAUCUUACCGUCGUGCAACUCACAGAAGCGCUCGCUCGCGCUGACAUGGCGUCGCUCACGAUCAGACUUGACGACAGGCUUACUGGAAGGCAUCUUUGGGGCCAGGCAGCAAUGAACGCCAGCCGCUUGUUCACGACACUACUCUGCGAUCGCUCCAUUGCGCAGUAUCCUGGUGGGAAUGAAGAGCCCAUGGUGCGACGAGGAAGCCUUCCGGACAUCCGAGUGUCCUACCUGUGGGCUUCUGACCGAAUUCUGGGUGGGUUCUACUCCGCCCUUGCGGCAUCAACUAUCAGGAACAUAUCGUCCCAUAUGUACGUGGAAUUUGACGACGAAGAUGCAGAAGAUGUCAAUGGGGAUGAUUCGUGGACCCAUCGAUCAAAUCAUGACCAGUGGAAGUGGCUAGCUUAUGCGUUGUGGAGCACCACAGCCAGCCCCUUUAUCCAGCAUAUUGAUCUGACCACCUUUCAGCUGACAGCGGACGACUUGUCUGAAGUGGAGGCAGUUCUAAAGACAGGUUUUCCCGAGCCUGUACUAGCAGAGAGCGGCACUAGCCCUGAUUCUUCAGGAUAUGGCUUCGUCGAGCUCCGAAACGGAACCGAGUUCCAGCCUUACGGCUUGGAUGAUGGCGACGACACCACUUUUGCUCUUUCUCGCGACUGUCGCUGCCGAGCGCGCUACGACUCCGCAACUAUGAGUGACCAUGCGGACGUUGUCAUUCCCGGCCUUGGAAUUUGCAAAGUGAAUCUGAAUGACGAAGCGCGUUUUGUUGCAGACGCACCGACAGAACCGGAAGCCACAUGCUUGCGGGAUGUGGACUAUUUCAAGCUCUUUGUCGCCAAAAUUGAGAGUGUGGAGGUGUUGAUUAGGCUCUUCGCCCUGGUCGGAGGGAGACUGGACACUCUCUGGUUUGGAAACACUGGGACGGAUCUACAUAUCGUCGAUUUAAGCGCUCUAGCAGCUGCGUGCCCUGAGUUACAGGAACUGACUUUGUCGGAUGUCCGCGUCGUGGUGUCUGACUACAGCGAGGCUUUACGCAAGUGGCCGCUCAAGACAUUGCUUAUCGAUGGUGUCGUUAGUGGUUUGGGACUGUGUUUGAGCGAUCCUUCCUUCCGUAUGGCUCGGGAGCUCGUUAAGGUCACCAUCGAUGUCCCAGCGCAUUGGAAUUUCAGCGAAGAAAGUGGAGGGGAACUGUCGACGCACGACGGAGAUUUCCUUGCUGUAACUAAGGAAAAGUUCCCUCGGCUGUCAAAGGCUGCCUUAAUCAGCGUGUGGUCAAGCGAAAGUGGCUCGAAGGCAGUAAGCCGCAUGGAUGUCAACAUGCUGAAGCUAAUCUUCACGUUUGCUGCAACACCAGAGAAACGGUCAGUCCAAAUCAUUCGGAACUCUGGUCGGUUUUCGAUUGUACACAUCGACUGA